AUGAAGAGUUUGAUACUUUUUCUGGCCGUUAGGGAUGCCUAUCAGAUAACAGAUAAUGAUAGAUGUUCUGCAAUAAGAGACCCUCAAAACCUCAAUUCAACAAUCCGACCAGUGAAUCUCCCUCAGCAACAUGAUAACAUGGGUAGAUUCGAAUGCACCGCGCAUCGAGAUCAUUCUUGCUGCGAUGUAGAGACGAAUCGAGAAGUCUACACUCGUCCGAUCAAUAAAAUUGGAAUGUGGAGUUUUGGUCAAUGCAACGCCAACCCUUGGAAGAAUGAAGAAUGCAAUGCUGUUUCUGACACUUGCUCGGAAAUGAUGCAAUCCUUCGUUUCCGAAAUCCGCUGCUCCCCGAAUCUCUUCCCCUGGCAAAGUUCUUUUCCAGUCAAUUCAGUCAUCCUCAAUCGAGAUCCAGCUCCAACAGGCUACGAACUUGUCAAUGUCCCAAUUUGCUCCGACUGGUGCCAGGAGUUCUACGAUCACUGCAAAUACGAGCACGUCUGCCUCGAUGUCGAUCCAUUUUACUCAACGGGAGGGUCAGACCCUGAUAUUUUUCCACUUCAAGACUGGAAUUGCGUAACUGGCUCAGAAAAAUGCAAAACCUUCGAAACUGUCAUAAAAAGUGGCCGCGAUUUCUGCCAAAAUUUCUUUCCCGAACCAAACAUCAUUACGGUACAAAACGAUUUGAAUAACUGUAUCCGACCUGGCGACCAUGAUAACAAUAUGGAACUUAUGAAAAGAAAAUUAGAAAGCAUGGCUUACACAGAAAAUCUUCAUCCUGAAGAAUUUUGGCCAAACAACUGUCCUUGGUGGUUUUGGUGGCACAUUUUCCUCAUCAUCCUUGGGGUCAUCCUCGUUGUUCUCAUUUUUGCCUUCAUCAUCAUGAAAAUCACAAAACGCGGCAAAUUCGGGAGCGGAAUCCUUUUCAACCCAUCAUCAGAGCCUAAAAAGCGAUCAACAGAAGACGGAGAGCAAAAUGAUUCCUACUCCAUGUCCGACCAGAACCCACCUUCUAGUCGACUUCGACUUUAG